AUGUGGUCUCGAGUUGAUGUCCGUCUGCAAGGUCAAUUGUGGUUGACUGUCUUGAAUCGUUCGGUCUUGGGUUUCUUCGAAAGCUUCGAUCUGGGAGGAGGGCUUGUGGUUGGUUCUGGGGAACUCGAUAUUCAAGUAGAGAUGAGUAUGAGGAAGAAUGGAGAGAGACUCUUCCUAAACAGAGAGGCAGAGGGCAUCACCAAGACUAAAUAUCUGAUCUCAGGACUACGACUCGCAGAGAGCUCCUACGCCGGGCUGGGGGAAACGAUGUGUCAUAGCAAAGGUUGCCCUGUAAUGGCGAGCUUGAUUCCCCUGGGCGUGUGGGUUGUGGUUGUGUCGCUGUGGUUCUGGACAGUAGGGCGUGGCCUGGCCACCGCCGGUGGGCGUGAGACCAUCAGGGUGGGCUUGACGACCGGGCCCUCGCAACUGAACACGGGCACAGUCUGGCUGGCUUGGACCUCGCCAUGGUCUGUGGAGGAGCACCAGACGGUGCGGUUGGCUGAGAGGGCGAUUGAUAUUGCACAGGACAACGGCCAUGGAGACGUCGAGACCGUAAGGGAGACGAAACGAACCGAUGCUGCCCGGUUGUGGCCGGUUGUCAAUUCGCAAGGGGAGCUCUCCAUGUUUAGAAAGGCUGAGUUUGCUGUUGCUGUCUCGGCAUGGCUCCCGUCGAUUCACACCAAUCCAUCCAUUCACCCAGCACAGACGGGCCAUGUUCCCGAGACUGCUCCUCGUCAGGAGCACACUAGCCUCAAUCCAGUCCGCUGUGAGAGAGCGCCCAUCAGCAGUGCAAAGCAUCGGCACAGCGCGACCGAAGACCGGGCCGGUAGGCGCAGGGGAAGGAGACCCUUUGAUCAAUCUGUGCCGUUUGAGAGCUUCUCGACUCCCCGUGCCUCGAUCGUUCGGGAACUGCUGUGGGAACAAUCGAAGCCAACACCAUCAGAUGAGCCAACCAGCUUCAUACGCCCUGUCGUCUGGUUGUUUCUCCUAGACGAGCAAUUGAAGCAACGCCAUGCCGAGAAAGGUUGCGUACUUCAGAGCACCUCAGUGCCCACAGUCGCUGACGCUACAGGCGGUGUACGCCCUCCGGAGCCCUGUCAAGGAGCAGAGUCAGGCGCUGUCUCGUCGAAGGAGAACCCCUGUGACUUCCCGACCUCAGGUGCCGCUACUGAGGUUCUUUGCCCGGAGCUGGACAGGUCAGCAGAAGCAAACAAGCUCUGCCCGGAGGUACCAAGCCCGACUCUCGGCCGAUGGAGACGCCGGCUUGCCCCACUAGGAAAUUCUCGUUUCUGGUCCCUGAAAGGCAUCAGCCGGACAUGGCCGGUUGUCACCAUGGAACAGCACAGAACGGUUCUGGCGGCUAAACUACGUCUCCCGUCGCGGUUGCACUGUGAGUCGCCGCAUACGACACAUGGUCCAAACAUACGAGGAGACAUCAUCUACUCCAGAUUCGACUUGGCCAGUAAUAGAUUGCGCGUCCGGGUUGAUGAUGCGGAGCAAACUGGCUGGGGUCUGGGGAUUGCCUCUUUCUCGUCGAUUCCGAGUUACAUAUUGUUGAGACACUAUCCAAGCCCUCUUCACAUGCUGGCUUGCAGAUGUUCUGCCGUGUGCGUUGGCAUGGAUGUGAGGUGGCUAUCCGGUAAUAAUGCGAAUGGCUGCUUGAUCAGCUUGUUCAAAGCUGGGCAAAGGGAGUCAAAUGGCACAUUCAAGCAGCCAAGAACAACUGCACGGGCAUGA